AUGGACGAAGCUCAAGAUAAUUACUACUACUACGACCACAGCAGCAACAAUAAUGGCCAUAAUCCUUCUUCGCCCUGUGACACCGACCUCGAUUUCAGCUUCAACUCCACCGUCACCGAUCGCACUUUCGCUUCCUCCAGCGCCCGCUCCAGUCUCGCUCGCUCCAGCCUAACCCUCAGCUUCAACGACCGCCUCUCCACCACCUCCUCCUCCGUCGCCGUAGCCGCCGCCACUUUCUCCUCCUACAACUCCUUCGACUCGCUCCACCACCGCAGAUCCGACCCUCACUGGUCGGCUAUUAGGACCGCCACGAACCUCUCCCCGGACGGCCGGCUCCACCUCAGCCACCUCAAGCUGCUCCGCCUCCUCGGCGCGGGGAAUUUGGGGCGGGUCUUCCUCUGCAAAAUUAGGGAUUCCAGCGACGCCGCCUCCGCCCAAUUCGCGCUCAAGGUCGUCGAUCGAGACACUCUCAGCAAGAAGAAGCUCUCCCAUGUGGAAACGGAGGCCAGGAUCCUCUCCUUGCUAGACCACCCUUUCUUGCCUACGCUCUACGCUCGAAUCGACGUUUCUCACUACACCUGUCUGUUAAUCGAUUACUGCUCCAACGGCGACCUCCACUCGUUGCUCCGGAAGCAGCCGGGGAACCGGCUGCCCCUCGCGGCGGCGAAGUUCUUCGCCGCGGAGGUGCUGGUGGCGCUCGAGUACCUCCACGCGCUCGGGAUCGUUUACCGAGAUCUGAAGCCGGAGAACAUUUUGCUGAGGGAGGACGGCCACGUCAUGCUUUCCGAUUUCGAUUUGUGCUUCGAGGCCGAUGUGGACCCCACCUUCCGCUGUGAUCGCGUGGGGCCCACGCGGCGGCGACGGAGGAGGAAGAGAAAGGAGGUGGUGGUGGAAGAGAUGGCGGCGGAGUUCGUCGCCGAGCCGAUUGCGGCGGUCUCGAGCUCGUGCGUGGGGACGCACGAGUACCUGUCGCCGGAGCUUCUCUCCGGUAACGGCCACGGCAACGGCGUCGACUGGUGGGCGUUCGGGGUGUUGAUCUACGAGCUGCUGUACGGGACCACGCCGUUUAAAGGCGGGAGCAAGGAGAGCACGCUCCGGAACAUCGCGUCGAGCAAGCAGGUCUCGUUUCCUCCGGCGGAAGGGAUGGAAGAGGCGGAGGAUUUGAUCGGGAAACUUCUCGUGAAAGAUCCGAGGAGAAGGCUGGGGUGCAGCAAAGGCGCGACGGAUUUAAAGCGACACCGUUUCUUCGAGGGGAUCAACUGGCCGUUGAUACGGCACUACUCACCGCCGGAGCUUCGCGGGCUGGCGGUUAAGAGAGCCAAUGGCAGUGGAUCACGUGGCGGUCACGUGAUGGCGGUUGCGCCGAAGAAUAGGCGGAGUUGGAGCCUGAAGGGUCUGGUAGAGCACAUGUUUAGGAGAAGGAAGAAGAGAUACUCCAGGUUGAAUUCUUCUUCUAAUCACCAUCAUCAGGCCAAUACUAAUUGCAAUUACUAUCAGUACAAAGUUAGGGUGGCUUGA